GUGACCUUGGAUAGUGUUCAGGAGCCGGACGUUUCCAACUCAACGGAACCUUGUCCACUGCCCGAUUUUCAACAAAAUCCGUUGAUGCACCACAAACAGGACAAUGUCCAACAGUGGGAAUCACAGUUCUACACCUACCUGGCCGCUCACAUAGAUGACAAAGGAACCGCGUUCUCCGGCACUAAGAAAUGCCGCCAAGUUUCGGAGGUAAGCAACAGUGGUGACGCCGCUAUUGGCGAACGCAUUCAGAGCAAAUCUCCUCAAAGUGAUCCACGGUCGAAACCAGUUGGCGCCUGCGACGUUGGAAUGCUUACAGCUGAAGCCCCGAUCAGAAAGCAGCAGUCAGUGUAUCCGUAUGUUGCUGAAAUUAAGUAUUCUAAGGGGUACAGGUUUUGA